CCACGAGCCGUUCCCAUGCGACCAGUUUUCUGUAUAUCAACACCCAGCUAGGUGAUGGCGGUAAUCAGUUUCCACGAAUUGGCACUUCUUGGAGGACCCGAGCCAAGCCCCGCACUGCACUGAAUGCCUCCUGCACAGCAACCUUCCCCGCAAAACCCUUUCCCCACAGCUGAUCGUGCCUUGGCAUACCACGGGAAUGGAGCAGCCAUGGUCAACCACCGGUUAAAGACUGUCGAUCAUGGCGAUGUUGCAUUGUUCGGCGCAGUGUGGCCCGAAUGUGACGGAGAAGGAUUCGGCCGAUGCCCUUCGGUGGGACAUUUCCCUCUUUAUAUCCUGGCCAAGAUCAAGCCUCCAACACCAAGCUUCAACAUCGUAUUACUCUACAGUAACGACACUAUGGGUGACGCGCAGCCGAAACAAAAGAAGUAUGCCCUCAUCGGCACUGGUGGACGUUCGAGCUUCUUCUACUCAGCAAUUGCAAGAACCUACAAGGCGACAUCUCGGGUCGUAGCGUUCUGUGACACCAAUCAAACACGACUUGACUUCGCCAAUGAGCAGUUGCAAUCACUGGGUCAUGCCAGAGUUCCAACGUACAAGGCGAAAGACUUCGACCGCAUGAUCGAGGAGACCAAGCCAGACGAAGUGAUUGUAACUACUAUCGAUCGCACGCACAACAUCUAUAUCGUACGAGCACUUGAACUUGGCUGCAAUGUGGUCACAGAGAAGCCCAUGACCAUCGAUGCGCCACGGUGUCGAGAGAUCUUGGAUGCUGUGGAACGAACUGGCAACAAGGUCCGCGUAACCUUCAACUACCGAUAUGCGCCACAUAACACGAAAGUAUGGGAACUUUUGCGUUCUGGUGCGAUCGGAACCGUGACAAGUAUCCAUUUCGAGUGGAUGCUCAAUACAUCGCACGGUGCCGAUUACUUUCGACGUUGGCACCGCGAUAAAAGGAAUUCUGGAGGGCUGUUGGUUCACAAGUCAACGCACCAUUUCGACCUUGUGAACUUUUGGCUCAACUCGCGACCGGAGACAGUGUAUGCACAGGGCGAUUUGAAGUUCUAUGGUCGAGAGAACGCCGAGAAGCGCGGUGUGACCGAGUUCUACACCAGAGCGCACGGCAGCGAUGUUGCAAAAUCAGAUCCUUUCGCGCUGCACAUGGAGACGAACGACAAAUUGAAGAAGAUGUACCUCGACGCUGAACACGAGGAUAGCUACUACCGAGACCAGAGUGUAUUCGGCGACGGCAUCAGUAUUGAAGACACCAUGAAUAUUAUGGUUCGGUACCAGAAUAGUGCAGUUUUGACAUAUUCACUCACUGCUUAUGCACCGUGGGAAGGUUUCAGAGUAUCAAUAAACGGAACGGGUGGGCGCUUGGAGAUGGAAGUGGUUGAGAACAGCUAUGUCAACAGCGGCGGUGAUCAGUCCCUCGAAGGCUCACUCGAGACUCGAUUGAUCACGUUGAGGAAGCUUUUUGAGAAGCCAGUCGAUGUAGAAAUUCCGACCAGUAUUGGUGCUCACGGUGGAGGAGACGAAGUGCUGCUUGCGGAUCUUUUUGGUGAGCAAGGUGCCGAGAUCAGUCAGGACAUGAGGGCCGCCACCCAUGUCGACGGAGCGCUGUCAAUAUUGACAGGCAUCUGCGCGAACAAGUCAAUCGCAAGUGGACAAGUGGUGAAAUUCACAACGCCCAUAGUAAUCCUCACCAAAACAGUGAAAUCAACACAUUUUGCGAUAAUCUGA